GGAAAAAGAUCAGCUUACGUAUAAUGCUCAGAGCUAUCCAGAUUCUGGGCUCGUCGUCGGGUUUUCUCAUCAUCUCUCAGAGAUUGACGAAGACCCACCGUAAGUCCACCGGCGUUUCUUUCAUCUCUUCGUCGGCGAACUCCCCCAAUUUCUCGGUUUUUCCCGCUGUUAUCUGCCCUUCGAACUCGCCUUUUCCUCUCUCUGUCUCGGCUCGGAGAAUCCGCUGUUUCGGCCCGAACCGGAUGUCCUCGACACGUUCUGAUUUCGACCCAGUUGCCAAUUCGUCGGCCUCCGUCUCGGUUCAAUCAGCUGGUGAUGUCCGUAAGAUAAGAUUCUGUCAAUGGUGUGGUGGGCCGACAAAGCACGAGGUUCCUGAUGGGGAGGAGAAGCUGCGAGCUAUUUGCACACAUUGCUGCACAAUUGCGUACCAAAAUCCUAAAAUGGUUGUAGGUUGCCUUAUCGAACAUGAACAGAAGGUCUUACUCUGCAAGCGUAACAUUCAACCUUCGUUCGGUCUUUGGACUCUUCCUGCGGGUUACUUGGAGAUCGGAGAAUCAGCUGCAGAAGGAGCAAUGAGGGAAACCUGGGAAGAAGCUGGAGCGGAAGUGGAAGUUAUAUCACCUUUUACGCAACUAGACAUUCCUCUCAUUGGUCAAACUUACGUCAUAUUCUUGGCGAAGCUGAAGAACCCGCAUUUUGCACCCGGUCCCGAGUCAUCAGAGUGCCGUCUUUUUUCACUGGACGAGAUACCCUUUGAUUCUCUAGCAUUUUCAUCGAUUUUUGUAACCUUAAACUUGUACUUGGAAGAUGUGAGGAAUGGAAAAAUAAAGUUUCACUAUGGUACCAUCAAUAAAAGGCCCGGAAGUAGUCCUUCAGAUAUCCGCGCCUUCACUCUUGACUACCAUUUGCAGUCAUGACUCAGAGGUCAAAAAAUCUGUUUCUCUUUAGGCCCGCUCUUGAGUUUGCUUAUAUCCCGAAAAGGGGUCUUGUUCUUGGAAUGAUCGCUCUGAGUUUCCUCCCGGACGCGGAUCCUCUUCCGUGAUAUACUCAGUCAUUUUGCCACCUUACAGUUGGGAGUGAGUGUGUGGAAAUUGCUUGCUUUCUGGUGAAGAGAUUCAUUCUCAGAGCUGAUAUCUUGAAGAAAUAUUUCAAAGAUUCUUAAGAAUACAAUCCAUCAUUAUGGUGGAGAAUAAUCGGAGAAGGAUGGUGUGUGUUUUUUUGUUAGGCACCCGUUUUCUGUAUUUUCAGAUGUUAUGGUUGAGCAAACUGCUUUGAUAUGGAUCUGGUUUAUGUUGUCCUAAUUGCAGAAAGAACAAUGAGAUGUGAAUGCAUAUAUAUAUAGAUUCUGUUCAUUGUUUA